AUGUUCAACAUCUCGAAUUUGGUGCAGAAGGCCCAGCAGUACAUCGAACCCACGCUCAAUACCAUAGCCGCUCCCGCAUCGACAGACCGCCGACCCUCAAAAGCCACCCUCUUCCGCUACCAGUUCCGACUCCCCGACUCGCAGAACCCCCUCCAAGAGAUCACCGCUGAGCUUACGCUACAACCCCACCAUUCCACGAGGGGCUCUGGCGACGUCACAUCUGAGAAGGAGCGCAGCCAGGGCAACCACUAUGUGGGCAAGCUGCAUCUUAGUGAGCAGUAUCUCUGCUUCUCUACACAAGGCUCAAGCUUUGCCAACACCGCGAGCCUGAGCUCUUCCAGCAGCUUCACGGGACAGACUCAUGGGGCGGGACCUGCGGGCAACGGUUUCACAUUACCACUAUGCGGCAUACGGCGGGUAGAAAGACUGCAUAGUCAGAGUUACAUGUUCGCGCUCGCGAUAACGACGUGGAAUGGAAUACCAGACUCAAAGUCGCAGGCACCUGCUGGUCAGAAGCUUACCAUUCAGCUCGCGGGGUCACGACAGGCAUGCGAGCGCUUCUGUGAUGCUCUGAAGAAGGGGCUAAGGGAAGGCGUCAAGGAGGUAGACAACCUGCGCAAGGUAGUGGGGCAAUGCUACUCGGAGUACCUUCUCACAGAUGCCGAAGAGAAGAAGGCCGGAAAUGAUGGCAAGCAAGCGCGAGAGCACCCAGAUACGGGCCUAGGCAUGAUCUUCAAAUAUCCAGGCAAUGCGCGGAAACUCAGGGAUGCGACAAAGAUACGGCUAUGGCGCGAAUAUCUCAGAGAUAACGGCCGAAGCGCGACCCUCAUCCGACAACCUACUUUCCACAAGCUCAUCCGCGUCGGUCUGCCAAAUCGAUUACGAGGCGAAAUGUGGGAGCUCACAUCUGGCGCCUUCUUCUUGCGCCUACAGAACCCAAACCUCUACACCGAGACCCUACAAAAGUUCUCAGGGCGGGAGUCGCUAGCCAUAGACGAGAUAGAGAAGGAUCUCAACAGGAGUUUGCCAGAAUACCCGGGCUUCCAGAGCGAGGAAGGUAUUGGUAGACUCCGACGAGUGUUGACGGCAUACAGCUGGACAAACGAGGAGGUUGGCUACUGCCAGGCGAUGAACAUUGUGGUCGCAGCAUUGCUGAUUUACAUGUCCGAAUCGCAGGCCUUUUUCCUCCUUUCCGUGUUGUGUGACCGUCUCCUGCCCGGCUACUACUCGCAAACCAUGUACGGCACCCUGCUCGACCAGAAGGUCUUCGAAUCGCUGGUUGAGAAGACUAUGCCCAUACUGUGGGACCAUCUGGUCAAAUCAGAUGUACAGUUAUCCGUUGUCUCUCUACCCUGGUUUCUCUCGCUCUAUAUCAACUCUAUGCCUCUAAUCUUUGCUUUCCGCGUUCUUGAUGUUUUCUUCCUCGAAGGCCCAAAAACUCUCUUCCAAAUCGGCCUAGCUAUCCUGCGCAUCAACGGCGAGGAGCUUCUCGAUGCUGCAGAUGAUGGUUCCUUCAUCUCAGUCUUGAAGUCAUACUUCUCAAGGCUCGACGAGUCCGCCCAUCCGAAAUCAGAGAAUCCUAAACUGCGGGCUGUCACUCGUUUCCAAGAGCUCAUGGUAGUAGCGUUCAAGGAGUUUGCUGGCAUCACUCAGAACACCAUCUCUGAGCAGCGAGCAAAGCAUAAGGAUGCUGUGCUUGAGAAUAUCGAAAGUUUCGCCAAGCGCACGUCGAUACGUAACCUCGGCCCUGACAGCAAGAAGCUGAGUGUAAAUGACCUUGGGUUCUUGUACGACAAAUUCUACGCUGUGCUAUACGAACGACAACAGAGAGCCGAGAUCAUGCAACAAGAGGCUGAUCGCAAGGCAAAGGCUAGCAGGAUGAAGGCGACGGAGGUUGUGACUGGCAUAUCUGGAAGUGCGGAGAAGGGGCGUGUGGCACUUGGACCUAGCCCUACACAAAUGGACUACGAUGCUUUCAGAGAGUUCCUGGCUGGUAUUGCAAAGUGGGCAAUUACUGACUCACCGAGCUCACCACCUGAGAGUAGUGGUACCCAGUCUCCUCACUCGUACUUUGGGAACAGCAUGAGGAAACGACCACCAAUGUCCCCAUGGGGAUCAGGACCAGAGCCAGCAGAUCACGAAUUCAUGCGACGCUUGUUCCGCCGCUGGGAUGUAGACAUGACCGACUCAUUGUCGCUGCAAAACGUUGUCACUGGCUUUGCGCAUGUCAAAGGCACCAAAGACAUCAUGUCCAACAUCAGCUAUUUUUUCGAACUCUACGACGACGACGGCGACGGCAGGGUAGAUCGCGAAGGUAUUUUGAGGAUCUCGGAAGCCCUCCUCUUCUUGUCAAGGCGAGGUGUCCAUGACCCAACUCCAAAUGCCUCUUCAUUGGACAUCAGCUCUGCAGCAGGCUCAGAAAGGGUCGGCCGUGACGAACAAUUCUUGAGCAGCGUCUCUGCCUUCAUCCGGCAUUGCUUUGAAUACGCCGACCCCGAUCAUCCAUCAAAUCAGACGAAUAAAGCCGUGGAACAGGUUCAAGAAGAUAUUGAUAACUUUGCAAUUGGCGACGAUGACGAAGAAGACGACUUGAUCGACUUUGGCUCUGAGCCAGCAACACCAAAAGCCAAGGCAACGACAUCAGAGAAGUCGGAACAAAAUCCCCUGUCACCAACACCAUCAAACCAUACCACUGAAUCAGACAUUGCUGAGCGCAACGACAAGGCCAAGUCGGCAAAUCUUGCACUUGAUCCGAACAAACCUCUACAUAUAACCUUGCCUACUUUCCGCAUGGUCAUUCUUGCAGAUGACGCCUUACUGAAUUUCUUCGAAGUCGGGUUUUCAUCGUCCUUCCGCCUGGCCGACGAGACACUUUCGUCAGGGUCCAGCUUCCACAAUCUUACCACUUUUGCGAACGCUGGAAGGCAAGGUAGUGGAGGCGGAGGGCUGGGUGGCGUUGUUGGCGGCGCUGGUGCCGGUGUCGUACCGCCCGGAAAGGGCUUGCGAGGAAUGCUCGACAACAUAGUUAACGACGGAAUGCGUGUCGCAACCGAAGUUAGGAGACGAUACGAUGAAGCACAAAAAGAGUUGGAUAAGGAGGCUCGACACGGAAGGGAAGAUGAGGAAGACGAAGAGGAGAUUGAUGCGAAAGAUUUGGAUCUACUGGAAGGCGCCGAGACGGCAGACGUGGGCGUGUCGAAAGGAGAAGCACCGCCCGAGCUUCUGUCACCUACAGGUACGGGGGAAGAGAUCAAGACGACUAGGAACCGGUCGGCUAGUGAUGCGAGUAGAAGAGUACUUGAGUUUGAGCGGUAG